CUGAGCUCUUAUAGGUUUAUCAUGGCCGACACAAUUAGUGACACCGUAAAAUAUGUCCUACAGAACAAGGGGUCGAUUCAGACACACAUGGCGAAACACAAGGCAACAUGGGGGCCAGAACCUCCUGCAGCUCAAGUCGAAGAAGGGCUCAUAGAGGCUUAUGUCCGUGUCAGACCUCUUCUUGAGCACGAUCUUGACUGCGGGGCUUUUUCUUUAAUCGAUAUUCAAGGACGCCACACUGUUCACUUCACGCACCCUACAGUGCGUGCCAUUGGAGGGCGAUUUUCGACGAAGAGCUUCAGUGCAUGCUCAGUGUUUGGAGCAGACACGGACAAUGACUCUGUGUAUACGGCUAUGAAUGUGGCGCAGACUGUCCAGCAAUGUUUGGACUUCAACAGGAGUGAGUUGUCGGUACUAGCGUACGGGCAAACAGGUACCGGUAAGACGUAUACCACGACCGCAUUAGAAGAAAGGAUCAUCAGUCAUAUUUGUCAAGGGGGAGCGUUGCAAGCAUGCACGAUUUCCGUUGAGGCGUUCGAGAUCAGAGGCCUUUUGGCUUAUGAUCUUCUAUCAACACCAUCGCUUGCACCAAUCAGAAUUCUGGCAGCCGGUUCUGGGGCAGUCAAUUAUCUCGGUCUAACCAGGCACAGUGUACUUAGCCAAGAGCAGCUUUCUGAAUUGUUAUCUAAUGCGAAAGAGCUGCGGUUGACGAGAAGUACGGUGAAAAACAGUACGAGCAGCCGGUCCCACUCGAUCAUACGGAUCCACAUAGAGUCCAAAGAAGACGGCUCGAAAAAGUCAUGUAUCCACAUCAUCGAUCUCGCUGGUUCCGAGAGAUCGAACAUAUUAAUCCAAAAUGACGCGGAGCGCAUGAAGGAAUCCAUUGAGACGAACAAGUCACUCGCUGCGCUCAAGGAUUGUAUCCGCGCGAGAUUGAGUAGCAGCGGUCACGUACCUUGGAGAGGCAGCCGCUUGACGAUGGUGCUUAAGGACAUCUUCGACCGCUCGCAAGAUAUAUCCGACCGUACUACGAGCAAGCUCAUGAUUGUGGCAUGCGUGAGCCCCAGUCCGCUGGACGUGGAAGACACAUUGAACACGCUGCGAUACGUGACUGUAUUCCAGUUGAAUGAUGGGGCGAAGUGUACCGAAAUGAGAGGAACUAUGGGGUUGACUCUGCACGAAGAUGCCAUGAAAUGGGGCCAUGCGGAGAGCGUGGACUAUAUCACCCGCAACUACUCCAAGCUCGCACCAGUCUUGCAUAGGCUCCUCAGAACUCCUACAGUAAUAAUGGCAGAUCUUCUUCCUCUAUCAGCCGCGGAGCUAUCGAAGCUUUGCUCCACGCCCACACCUGAAGAAGAAAGCGGGAGUCUGCCGGCGCCAAACGCUCGAGAGGUGGCUCAAGCAAAAAGCUGGCUCACGACCUACAGGGCUAAGAUGGAUGUGCUGGUUCAGAAGUCCCAAGCGCUGCACGAGCAGAUAGCGAGGCUCAAGCUGCAGAACUCGGUAUCGGCAGGGAAUGCUGUUCUGCGCGCCCUCGAUGGGAGAGAUCCCAUGGCCGGCGAAACGGGACUGGUGACGAGAAUCGACGGCAGUGGUCGCGCGAAGUCACAUUACAAGAGAUCACACUAAAGCGAAAAUGCAUACCAUGUUGCGUGCCGAAGUUGACGAAAUCGCAUGAUCUCUUUGACUAGCAUUAUCCGUACGCCGUCGUGCCGAAGUGCAGUGUAAUCGAUUGGAACUUAGUAUUGUUUUCGGGGAAACGAAGCGCAGAGUGUCGAUGGUGGCUCAUGCGUUUCUAUCUCUAUGUACCUUUCUC